GGCUUCUGGGAAACCGUGGCGGAGGCGCGGAUCCCCACGUGACUCCCGAGUUCCUUGGUGCAAAGGGGUCCCGCGCUGGAGGGUUGCCUGGAGAGGAGUCAAGUCCUCCUCCGGGAGAUGCAGACACUGGAGUCAUCUCGACAAACUUCCUAACAACAAAAAAGUUAACUUUUGGUUGAAGAGGCUUGGAUAACCUUUGUGGCAGCUACCGGAAUGCUCCUAUGAAUUGAAAGGUGUCCACAAGAUUCCUCAGAUCUAUUUGGAAUUUCCUUAAAGGACAGACAAAGGAUGCAGAAACAGCCGUUAGCAAGUGAGGGAACUGGAAAAGGUGCCUCGGCUGUUCAGUCAGGCAGCUGUGGGAAGAUCUGGGCAGAAUAAUAUGGAGAACAAAACCAUCAUCCGUUCAGAGAUUCAGCCCUGGAACUUUAGAAACAUCCAAUACCAGGAGGCUGAAGGUCCCCGAGGACUUUGCAGCCGACUGUACAACUUUUAUAGUCAGUGGCUGAGGUUAGAAAAGCUCAGUAAAACCCAAAUGUUGGACCUUGUUCUGGAGCAGCUGCUGGCCCUUCUUCCCCUGCCGAUGAAGAGCUGGGUGCGGGAGUGUGGAGCAGAGACCACUUGCCAAGCGGUGGCCCUGGCGGAAGGCUUCCUUCUGAGUCAGGCAGAGGAGCAGAAGGGGCAAGUCGAAUUGCAGUCUUUCACUCUGCAGACCAGAGAUCCUGUGAGAAGGAGGAAUGUAUCAAAUCCCCCUCGGGAGCUGUUUUCCAGGAGGAUCUAUCAGGAAUCCACAAGUGAGGACAUCUCAGAUGGGAAGAAUAGAAUGAAUUUGACUCCUUUUUAUGGUGGUGCUGAAAGACUAGUUGAAGCUCCAACUCAAGAAGGUCUUGUGUCCUUUAAGGAGGUGGCUGUGUAUUUCUCCGAAGAGGAGUGGUCUCGGCUGACAGUUGACCAAAAAGCACUGUAUUGGGAAGUCAUGCAGGAAAAUCAUAGGAAUGUGGCCUCUUUGGGUAAUAACAGAGAAGAAGAUGAAGAUUCCAGGGAAUUGUUCCAAAGGAUCAGUUGUGGAUACAAUACAGAGAACCCUAUAAUUCUAAUGGAAAUAGAAAGCCAUGAGAGAAAUCAGUCAAAUAAUUACAAUCAGGAAAAUUCAUCUUCUGUUCAUGCAGCAACGAAAGCCUCUAUGGCCCAGGAAGGAAAAAUAAAAAACAAAAAAUGUACAGAACUGUUCAUAAACAAAUUAGAUGUAGAUAAACGUUAUCAAACAGAAAUGGAAGAAGAAGAUUAUAUAUGUAGAGAUGUAGAUAAACAUUAUCAAACAGAAAUGGAAGAAGAAGAUUAUAUAUGUAGAGACAACGGAAAAACUCAUAAAUGGACCCAGUCUCUUCCUCAUAAAAAUGGGUCCCAUACAUCUCAAAAAAGAACCCAAACAGGGGAGAAGCCACAUAAAUGCAUGGAGUGUGGAAAGAACUUUAGUAGGAACAGUUCCCUUACAUUUCAUAAGAAGAUCCACACAGGGGAAAGGCCUUAUAAAUGCAUGGAAUGUGGAAAGUCCUUUGUUCGCAGAGCUAAUCUUAGUUCACAUACAAGAAUCCACACAGGGGAGAAGCCCUACAAAUGCACGGAGUGUGGAAAGAGCUUCUGUGAAAAUUCUUCCCUUACUGUUCAUAAACGAAUCCAUACAGGAGAGAGGCCCUAUAAAUGUAUGGAAUGUGGGAAAAGCUUCCCUAGGAGCAGUGACCUUGUUUUCCAUAAAAAGAUCCACACAGGGGAGAAGCCACACAAAUGCCUGGAGUGUGGAAAGAGCUUUAUUAAGAACUGUAAACUUAUUUACCAUAGUCGAAUCCAUACAGGGGAGAAACCCUACAAAUGCACGGAGUGUGGAAAAUGCUAUACUGGCUGUAGUGGGCUUAUUGCCCAUAAAAAGACACACACACGGGAGAAGCCUUAUAAAUGCAUUGAAUGUGGAAAUCGCUUCCCUAACAACAGUGAACUUAUUUUCCAUAAAAAGAUCCACACAGAGAAGCCACAUAAAUGUCUGGAGUGUGGAAAGAGCUUUAUUAAGAACUGUCAGCUUAUUGACCAUAGUAGAAUCCAUACAGGAGAAAAGCCAUAUAAAUGCAUGGAAUGUGGAAAGAGUUUUUCUAGAAACCGUUACCUUAACAUCCAUAAAAAGAUCCACACAGGAGAGAAGCCAUAUAACUGCACGGAGUGUGGAAAAUGUUUUACUAACUGUAGUAAUCUUAUUGCCCAUAAAAAGAGACACACACAGGAGAAGAUUUAUUAAUGCAUUGAAUGUAGAAAGAGUUUCUCUACAAACAGUGAUCUUAACACUCAUAAAAGGAUCCACACGGGAGAAGCCUUAUAAAUUUAUGAUGUGUGGGAAAGGUUUUAUUAUGAACCAUUCUCUUAACUCCCAUAUAAGGACCCACAGUGUAGAUGCCAAAGAAUUCUGUGAAAUCUGGAAAAAGCUUCAAAAGGACCAAUGGCCGAAAGUUCUCUAUACAGAUACAUUUCAUUGAGGAUUUGUUUAAAUGUUAGAUUUGGUGGUUGAAAUAUAUGCAUUUCCUAAUUUCAUUUAUUGAAUUAGGAAAGGGUUUUGGGGUGGUUUUUUUUUUGAGUCUGUUCUUGACAACUGGAAGCCCUAGAGAGAUGGAUUUACCAAUGGAAAUCAAAGGCUAGGCAUGUGUUUUAAGUAUCAACUGGAUUUUUUUAGUGACUGUCAUUUUAAGACCACUAAUGCCAUUUCACAUUAAUAAGAACAUUUUUUCUUCAUAUUUGUCCCAUUUUUGUUUGGAUCAUAAUAAAGAAAGCCCAAAUUCUCAAUAAAAUUUCAAUUUUUGUGAGCAAGAAUAAUAUAAUUCAAGGCAUACUAUGGGAAGGGCAUGAAUCAGGAAGGACUUGCAGAAGUUAUACCUAAAUAUGAACUACCAAAGUGCAAGUGAUGCUAAUGAAGAUACCUUAUGAAUAGAACAGUUUAAGUAGCAACUCUUGCAGUUUAGCUGUCAGUAGAUGUUAUACAAUGAAUAUAUGAAGGACUUCUGGCGAUGACAUCAUGGUGGAGCGGAGCAAGUGAAUGGGGCUCCGUUCCCGUUGCCUAAAUUUUUCUGUCUGGAAGCCCUAAAACGGGCACAGUUAAUCCCGGAGGGAUCAACAGGACAGAGGGGAAACUCAGAGGACAUCGGGCAGGAUUUCCGCCCCAAAGACAGCAGCAACUAAGAGAUUGGAGCAGUUGAUUGUAUCUAAUAACCAGUGACAGUGCAGGGAGGAAAAGACAGAUUUUAAAAAAAAGAGAAACUCCAGAUUUAUACUUAAAUGGACAUUGGGCAUGAUAUAGGAUAUGCUUUGUGAUGGAUUGGAUGUGUGACUAUUCUGGAUUGGUGAUUAUAAAAACCCUACAACUUUAUAAACUUUACGAACUCUAAAAAUGGGAAAAAUCUGUAAACUACAAGGAGAACAAUAGCGCCAUCUGGGGGUUAGAGGAACUACAGAACUAACCCAAAUGGUUUCAUUUAGGAAUUGAUGCAAUACUGAACUGACUUGCUGGAUGGAAUAUAAAAAGAGAAAAGAAGGAGAAAACUCUGUCGAAGAAAUUUGGAAAAUAUAAAGAUAUAGAAGAUAAUAGACAUCAGGUGAUAAAGACUGAAUGAAUUAACAAUGAGGACCUGUUUGUAUAAAUACUAUAUAUAUAUAGUAUAUAUAUAUAUAUAUAUAUACUAUAUAUAUAUAAAUACUAUAUAUAUAUAGG